GUGCAUGGUCUACCUUCGUUGCAUCAUAUAUUUCCACAUUUGCGCAUCAUACGCGGUCGUCGUUUGCUCUUCGACGAAUUCGCAUUGGUCRUAUAUGAGAAUCGCGAUUUACGCUAUUUGGGUCUCGGCUCGCUGCUGCGCAUACAGGCUGGUAAUAUUAGGAUCGAAACGAAUCCAUCACUUUGCUAUGUGGAUACGGUGAAUUGGGUGCAGUUGCUGGGCAAUAGUUCACAGCAGCAUUUCUGGCAUAAGAAUAAUAAGUUGUUCAAUCAUUGUACGCAAUGUGAGCGCACCAAUAAUCAAAUUCUCGUCGAAGAAGAUCUGCCGAAUAGAUUGCGUAAGCAUUGCUGGGGCUAUGAUAUAGCACAAGAGCGUCCGGCUACGAAUAAUGUUGUCAAUUGUCGCACAGAAUGCGGCUUACGUGGUUGUGAUGACAAURGUAAUUGUUGUGAUCCUAACUGUUUGAGCGAUUGCGAUGGCAAACGUUGCAGUUUGUGUGCGAAUCUGAAAUUGGAGCGCCAAUGUGUCGACAAGUGUCCACAGAACUAUUAUCAGCAUCAAGAUCGCGAUUGCAUCAGCGCAUCCAACUGCCGACAAUUGGGUUCAAUCCCGUUUGCGCGUAUUUGUAUGGAAAAAUGUCCUAGAAAUUAUUUGACUACAGUCGAUGCAGACGGAAACAAAAUGUGUAAAUUGCAAUGCAUUGGAACAUACACCAUACACACAACAGCUGAUGCGGAGAGCCUACAAGGCUGUAGUAAGAUAAAUGGCUCACUCAUCAUCGAACUCACGGAUAUAAAGACCAAAAUCACCGACUUGGACAACGCGUUUGCAAACAUCACCGAGAUCACUGGCUAUUUGAAGGUGGUCAAGUCACCACAGUUGCUCACGCUACACUUCCUACGCAAUUUAGUCACCAUACGCGGCGAUGAGCUCGUAAAUGAUUUAUAUGCGCUUGUUGCAGUCGAUAAUUAUCACUUGUCGGAAAUUUGGACACCAAAUCAAAAUGUUGCCAUACUUAAAGGCAGCAUUUACUUCCAUCUAAAUCCACGCUUGUGCUUGUCUAAAAUACGUGAACUGCAAAAGUCCUUAAAAAGCGCCGCACCSAUUACUACGGUGAAUGCGUCGCCACACUCAAAUGGCGAGCGUGUGAUUUGCAACAAUCCCAUAACUAAUUUUACAGUUACACUUGAGGAUUACAAUUCUACAGCUGCGCGCCUGAAAAUAGACAUAUUCACUCUGAAUAAUAUACAAAUUAUACUUGGCUAUGUGUAUUACUAUAAGGAAACGCCGGUGCAAAAUGUGACACUCUACGACGGAAGGCAUGGUUGCGGUCAUGAUAACUGGCACAUGAAAGUAAACCCCACAAAAAAUAUCCGUUACAUCAUUACCAAUUUGAAACCGUACACACAAUACGCUUACUUCGUCAAAACGCUCACGAUGACCGAUUAUCAUAUACGCAUGGAUGCAUAUUCGAAAAUACAAUAUUUCCGCACACUACCGAGUAAACCGGGACCGGUGAAGAGAAUCUAUUACACAGCGAUUGCUAUGGACAAAAUAGUUUUACACUGGUGGCCACCACGCAAACCGAAUGGCAUUAUCGAAAAGUACAUAAUUAAUUUAACUAAUUAUGAAAAGUCAAAGAUCGCGAAAGAUAAUGUGACAUUAGGUAAUUAUCGGGAGUUGCGUAAAUAUUCGCCGUCCUGUGAUUGUGUCUUUGAAAAUCCAGAGGAUAGUGGACCUUUACCAUCGGAUGAAAACUAUUAUCGCAGGGAACAAAUCAUUUAUGAAGAAACUUUGCCUAAUUUGAUUUUUGUAUCUCGUAGGAUAGACAAUGUUCGUGUACGCCGUAAUGCUGACACUAACCACUUGAAUGGAAAUACAAAUUGUAUUGGCAGAGAAUCGUUAGUCACACCAAAUACGAUCAAUUCUUAUCUGGAUAACGCAUCUAAACAUAUACGCGUAACACGCAAAAUAGCAGAUAGUGAGGCCAAAUCCAAGGAUAAUAAUAAUAAUAAACUGGAAGAGCAAAUGAAUAAAGAUGACCACGAUCUUGAAGAAGAACAGCGCAAACGUGGUGAAGCCAGCCUUCUUUGGAUAAUUCAUCAACAGGAAGAACAAGCACGCAGGUUGCAGGAUACGGGCCCAGAUGAUUUUCCAAUUAUCAAGCGUCGACCAGUCUGUCCGAUACCAGAUGCGUCGACGCAAUAUCAAUUGCAAAACAAUUGCCGGCCACUGGAAAUAUACAAAGGUAUCGUAACACCGGGUAACAUACACUCAUACACGUUGACUGAUCUGGAGCCCGAGCAAACGUAUCGCAUAACAAUACGCGCUUGUGUCGCCAAUUUACCGAAUGGUUGUGGCGACGAAACAAGUAUUUUUGCAGAGACUGUUAGCAAGAGUAUGGAAGAGUUCCUAGRGGGUUUAAGAAUAUUUGAUUAAUAUCAGUUUCACGCAGUUGUAGUUGUAUUAUUGUAAUGAUUAAUAAAUUGAAAUUUAAUAAUAA